GAUUACCAAAUAUGCCGGGCUUGCCAGGAAUGCCAGGUCUUCCGGGCAUGCCUAACAUGUCGGGACAUCCGAUGAGCGGCCAAGGCAUGAACAGUGGUGGACCCUACAUGAACAGUAACUCGAUGAGCCAAUUGCCCAUGCCAUUUCUCCCGGGACUAAUGCCACCUAUGAACGCGUCAGAUUAUUAUGGAAAAAAUAUGAUGCACAUGAACCCAGGGGUAGGACCCUACGACAACUACAAUCCGCUAAUGUAUGGACAACAUAACACCAUGAACAUCCCCAUGCCGCCAGCCGCUGUAGACAUUAUGGGAGACAUGGCGGCUAUGCAUAUGGGAAACCCUAAUAUGAUAAAAUUGUACAAUAAAGAUUUUAUGAACAGUAAUUCUCAGAAAGGGAUGGGUAAUCAUAUGAUGGGAGGGCAGAUGGGGGGGCAAAUGGGAGGAAGUAUGGUGAACAUGCCCAUGAACUACAUGAACAGCUAUAGUGCAGAAAACCACGGGUGGUGUGAAAUGGUGGCAAAGAAUGGGAGGAAGUAUUACUAUAACUCUAUAACGAAAGCUUCGAAAUGGGAGAAGCCAGAUGAACUAAAGUCAAAGGUGGAGCUACGAAUUUCUCAGCAAACCAAAUGGAAGGAAUAUUCCUGUGGGGAUGGGAGAACCUACUGGCACCAUGAAGAGAAAAAUAUUAGCGUAUGGGAUGAACCCGAGGACAUUAAAAAGAUUAAACUUGAAUGUGCUGCCGAGGACGCAGAAAAUCAAGAGAGCGUAGACAAAUGCCCAAACAGCAGUAGCACUACGCAUGAAAGUGUGAAUAAGGGAGAAAAUGCGAAUAAUACCCCUCUGAGUGGUUUCGCAAAGGAGGCGGCGAAUCAAACCACCGAUGAUGCUAUGAACAACGUCAGUACGGACAGUACCACGGGCAAGGAACACACGUCCAGUAAUAAUCAUACCUUGCAUAGUUAUCUCCAUAUGCAAAAUGGGAUGCCAGCUGAGCUAAAAAAUAACGCUAUGAUGCCCAGCAGCAGUGUCGACGAGGCGAAUCAGAAGAAAAAUGCACCGGAGAAAAUCAAUAACAGAAUAACCAUGGUGUGGAAAAAAUUCGAAAAUAAAAAUGAUGCAAAAGAACACUUAAAAAUAUUAUUUGAAGACAAAAAUAUUAACCCAAAAUUGACCUGGGAAAAUGCUUUAAAAAUUCUGGAAAAUGAUGACCGUUGGUUCAGCCUGUCUAUACUGACCAAGGGGGAAAAAAAGCAAAUGUUUUCCGAGUACAUUAGCCACGCAGUCAAACGGGCUAGUGAAAAUGAAAGGAGAAAAAGGCAAAAGUCGAGGGAAUUAAUUUUUCAAACCUUAAUCAAUUGGAAAAAAUUAAAUGAACAAACGUCCUACCGUGAAUUUGCGGCCGAAUUUUAUAAAGAAGAAUGGUGGGACUGGAUCACAGAAAAUGAAAGGGAUGAAAUAUUUCAAGAUUUUUUAGAUGAUUAUCGACACAAAUUUAAAGAAGCUCGAAGAAAAAAAAGAAAAAAAACAUCCGAAAUUUUAAAAGAGAAAUUUCAACAAUAUGCAGAUAAAAAAAAUCCAUUAAAAUGGAAUGAUGUCAAAGUCUACUUCAAAGAUGAUGCAGACUUUAAUUCUUUGCACAAAAUUGACGCGUUAGCUUCUUGGGAAAGCUUCUACGAAAAAUAUCAUAAUGAUGAAAAAAUGCAAUUAAAAAAAAAGGUGUUUCGAAUUUUGAGAAAAAAAAGAGAUGCCUUCAUCGAAUUACUCAACGAAUAUCAUAAAAAAAGUGUUCUUAAUAUGAAAACACAGUGGAUCUUUUUUGUGUCCAAAAUUUAUAAAGAUGAGCGUUAUACAGACUUGUUAGGACAUCAAGGGUCAUCCCCCAAAGUGCUAUUUGACGAAUUUAUUGAUUCCCUCCAGGAACAAUACCUGAGGCAUAAAUCAUACCUCAAAGGUGCUUACAAAGAAAUGGAUUGCACAGUAGAUGAAAAUACCACCUUUGAUCAAUUUUUACAACUCUUUGCAACUGUGCAGAAUAAGUACAACAUCCCGCACGCAAAUAUGAAUUUUAUUUACCACUCUUUGCAAAAAAAAAUAAAAGAAAAAAAAAAUAAACAAAUUAAACAUAUUAACAAAGUUGCCAAAUAUUUCGCCAAAGUCCCAGAACUUAAAACCAGCAUGUCCUUCAGUAAAGUGAUUAGCAUUGUUAAAAACUCCAGCAAGUGGCCCGUAUUGUGUGAGCUCUGUCCAAAUGAGGAACAAAAAAUGGCUGCGUACAAUACGUGGAAAUCUUUUGCAAAUUCGACGAAGAAUUGCCUCUCCAUUGAUUCUUCAACUUCCAAUUCUAAUAAAAAUGGAAAAAAUGGAAAACGCAAGGAAUUGUUCAAAAUUAGUGACGAUGACACGGAGGAAGAACACAACAGCAAAGUUCACUCCAAGUAUAGGAAAUAUUCCAGAGAGGAAUCUGACUCCAGUGGCCAAACAAUAGAGUCCCUACGCACCAUUGAUCAUAAUGCGCCCAACUAG